AUCACAGAAUUACGAAAAUUUCUCAAAAUUGCAAAUUUUAUCUGAAUUUGGCAAAUAAUGUUACGAACUUGACUAAAAGUAACCUUGGCGUCUUGGCGAGUUGGCGGUCACCGUCUCACCAAUUGACAACAACAGCGGCGCCGGCGAGGUGUGAGAGGAUGAUGAUGCCGUCGUCGUCAAUGAUGAUUCGGCGGUUCUGCUGCUUCAGCGCCGUCUCAAAUCCUGCUACCACUUCGGUGAUGAAAUUCAUUUCUAAGAAGAACCGUCUUAUCUUCUUGGGUUCCCCUCAGGUAUCUGUGUCGGUUCUAGACGCUUUAUUCGACGCAGCAGCUACGCCGGAUUCCUCCUUUGAGGUAGCUGCUAUCAUCACUCAACCUCCCUCUGGUAGAGAUAGAGGAAGGAAAGUUAUGCCUUCGCCAGUUGCAAAACACGCUCUUGACCGCGGCUUUGCAUCUGAUAUGAUCUUCACACCUGCGAAAGCUGGUGAGGAACCCUUUCUUUCAGACCUCAAAGCUUUGGAGCCUGAACUCUGUGUCACUGCGGCUUAUGGGAAUAUACUGCCGACAAAGUUUCUAAACAUCCCAUCAACGGGUUGGUAAAUAUAUCUUUCCAUUUCUACCUCCGUCCCAGAAAAAAGAGUCCCGUUUUACCAUUGUAGAUAUUUUAUAAGGUACUACUCUCAUAAAUCAUACUUGUAUUUUUAAAUUUUAUUAGCUGGUUUAAAUGAAUAGAGAAUAUGCGACUUGUUUGUGACUCUAUUUAAUCAUUUUUUGGCAAAUUACACGAAAAGAUGUCUUAGUUUGAUCAAAGUGGACUCUUUUUUGGGACAAAAGAUGUGUUUAGGAUAUGACUUUUUUUGGGAUGGGGGAGAGCACUAUUAUGUGAAUUUAUUCAAUUACUUCCUUGGUACAUUGCUGAACCAUUCCUACUGAUGCAGUUUUUCUUUAUUGUUUCCAGUUGUACUUUUAUUUCGGUAACAGAAGGUUCCAAACCUGAAAUAAUUUGUUUGGUGAAACCAUGAUGACACAAUGCGUAGAUGUUUGUGAUCGGUCACAUAUUAAAACUCCGUUUUCCAAUUCUUUAUUAAUUUCUGUAUCACGAAUGAGUACAUAAGUACAUCAUUUGUUGUGUUUGUCUAGAUCAAGGGUGAAGCUCAUUAUGUAUCGGUGGACUAUUAAAUGUGCUUUCCAACACGUGAUGCUUUUCUUAAAUUGCAAGUGUAUUUAUUCAGUGAAAAAGCACAGUCAAUGUACAUCCAAGCUUGCUGCCUUUAUACCGUGGAGCUGCCCCUGUUCAAAGAUCACUACAGGAUGGUGUCAAAGAAACUGGGGUAUCAUUAGCAUAUACUGUUCGCCAACUUGAUGCUGGGCCAGUUAUUUCCUAUGAAAAAGUGGAAGUUGAUGAUAAAAUAAAGGCUCCAGAAUUACUCGAGCUACUCUUCUCACUAGGGUCGAGCCUUAUAAUCCGCGAGCUUCCCUCAAUUUUUGAUGGGUCGGCUAGGUUAAAGGCACAAGACCAAGAUGAAUCUCUAGCUACCGUGGCUCCAAAGAUAUGUCCUGACGAGUCAUGGCUAUCCUUUGAUGAAGAAGCCAAUGUCCUUCACAACAAGGUUCGAGCAUUUGCAGGGUGGCCUGGAACUAGAGCUAGACUUGCAGUCGUUGAUUCCAGAAGUAACCGGAAUAGCAUCAUAGAGCUGAAAAUCAUCACAACAAGAGUUCACAACAAUGUACUAACUCAGGAUGGUGAACAUGAUGAAUUGUUGUUCCGUAAAGGAUCCCUAAUAGUUCCGUGUGGUAGGGGCUCGACACUUGAAGUACUGGAAGUUCAAGUCCCAGGCAAAAAAGCGGUUAAUGCAGCUGCUUUUUGGAAUGGUUUGCGAGGCCAAAGAUUAAAAAAGAUUAAAGUAUAGAAGCUCAAGCACAUAAAGAGAGCUUCAACUCCUUCAAGGGGUAGCCUUAGGGCAAGGUGGUCCCAGAAGAUUCAGUCAAGUCAAUUUUAUCAGCGUCUGCCUCUCCCUGUCGAAGCACCAAAUCAAGGAUGCAACAGCCAAUACGGUGGCAGAUUUUUAUGUGAUUGAGAAAGAAGUUGGAAUGCCUAUGAAUGUUAUGACUUAUGAGAUGAACUAAUACAUCUUGUUUUAUACUUUAAUGAUGAGUUUUAUUAGUAUUCUUUAAAUUUUUUACUUUGAUGUAAUUUUCAUAUUCAAAAUAAUUUCGUAUUAAAGAAUAUCAUUAAUCAAAGUUGAUUGUCAUUGAUCAAGAAAAAUCAAUUUGACGAACCUUUUCGAGAUGGAGUUUGGAGGGAG